CGACGCACAGGGACAGCCCUACAAUCUCCCAUAUAUUUUUUAUCAGUUACUCAAAUUCAAAUAGACUAGGAGGGAAGGUGUAUAUAUUCGCGAUCAUCGGUUGUCAGGGCUCUCGUGCGGAGGAUUCAUCCCGGGAUAUUGAAUGGAAGCGGCAGCUGAAGGGGCGGCAAGCCUGUCUGUUGAGGCCGGGGAUGGGAGCCCGUUAUCCGGGGCAGCAGCAUCCGAGGACUCGGGGAUGGCGGGCGGGAUGGACUCGGACACUACAUCGAAAAAGGCUUUCAUCACAGAGAUGCCAGGAAGCUCUUCAGGCCAGCCAGCUCACGGGAAGAAGAUUGGACACAGAGGGGUGGACGCAUCUGGAGAGACCACUUACAAGAAGACCACAUCGUCAGCGCUCAAGGGGGCCAUUCAGCUUGGCAUUGGCUACACGGUUGGGAACUUGAGUUCCAAGCCUGAACGGGACGUGCUUAUGCAGGAUUUUUAUGUGGUGGAGAGCAUCUUUUUCCCCAGUGAAGGGAGCAACCUGACGCCAGCCCAUCAUUACCCAGACUUCCGUUUCAAAACGUAUGCUCCCGUGGCCUUUCGUUACUUCAGAGAGCUCUUUGGGAUACGGCCAGAUGACUAUUUGUAUUCCCUCUGUAAUGAACCACUGAUCGAGUUGUCCAAUCCCGGAGCCAGUGGCUCGGUCUUUUACGUCACCAAGGACGAUGAGUUUAUCAUCAAGACAGUAAUGCACAAGGAAGCUGAGUUUUUGCAAAAGCUUCUGCCUGGAUAUUACAUGAACUUGAAUCAGAAUCCUCGCACCUUAUUGCCCAAGUUCUUCGGGCUGUACUGUGUACAAUCAGGCGGGAAGAACAUUCGAAUGGUGGUGAUGAACAAUGUGCUGCCCAGGGUGGUGCAUAUGCACCUCAAAUACGACAUGAAGGGAUCAACCUACAAACGAAGGGCUUCCAAGAAAGAACGGGAAAAGGCAAGGCCCACUUUCAAAGACCUCGAUUUCAUGCAGGAUAUGCCAGAUGGACUCAUGCUGGAUACAGACACGUACAAUGCCCUGGUGAAGACUCUACAGAGAGACUGUUUGGUACUGGAAAGCUUUAAGAUUAUGGAUUACAGUUUGCUACUGGGAGUUCAUAAUAUUGAUCAGGCGGAUAAAGAGCAGCAGAUGGAGGGAUCUCAGGGCAACAGUGAUGAAAAGAGGCCACUGGCACAGAAGGCGCUCUACUCUACUGCCAUGGAGUCCAUUCAGGGAGCAUCUGCCUGUGGAGAAGAAAUCGACACUGAAGACACGAUGGGUGGUAUUCCUGCGGUCAAUAAUAGAGGAGAGCGUCUGUUAUUGUACAUCGGAAUCAUCGACAUCCUGCAGUCUUACAGGUUAAUAAAGAAAUUAGAGCACACAUGGAAGGCUCUAGUCCACGAUGGGGACUCAGUGUCUGUUCACAGACCUUCUUUCUAUGCAGACAGAUUCUUCAGAUUCAUGAGCACUACUGUAUUCAGGAAGACUUCCUCGCUGAAAUCCUCUCCAUCGAAGAGGGGUCGUGGGAGUCUGUCUGUGGCCAAAUACAGCGGCUCUGGGGCCACAUGGUCGGCCAGCCAGCUGUCCUUUGUGAGAGACGAGAAGAUCUACGACAUGAGAGGAACCCGUAGUUUCCCUACACUGGACGACGAUGGUCGGGCAGAUGUGCUCCCCAGCACCCCUCCUUCAUUUGAGGAGGCCACCACAGCCUCCAUCGCAACCUCACUCUCCUCUACCACCUCUCUGUCUAUCCCAGAACGCUCUCCGUCAGACACGUCUGAAUGCCCACACUACAGGAGACACACCCAAUCUAGUCAUGAAGAAGUAAUGCAGGAUGAGGACCAGCAGACCAUCACAGUGAAGGUGGAAGUGGAGGGACGAUAUGACAGUGAACCUACCCUUGUGGCACCCCAGCCAUUGCCAGAGAUCAGUGAAGCUCAAGAGAUGCUUCCACUGGCCUUGUCGUGCUCCGUCCCAGCGAGCCCCAGGAUAGUGGUUGAAUCUGACAGUGCCAGUCUGGCAUCGGGUUGCACCAGCCGAGCCUCCAUGGACGAGGACGAAGAUGUGCCUGUUACAGACUUCUACUUUCCUCCAGAGGAUAGGAGCUGGGUGUAUUCUCCCCUGCACUACAGCUCAGGGUCAAAGACUCUGCCAGAGGACGAAAGCGAGAGUGAAACAUAAUCAGACCUUGGCAGAGAUCGGCAGCUACGAGGUUUGGACUCUUCAGAGGCAUCUCAUUAUGGAAGCUCUACUGGCUGUUUCACACCACGUUUGAGCUGACGACCGCUCCCUUUGGAUUUAUUACUGUCGGCCAUAUCAACUUGAGCUCGACCAGUUACAUUGUCCUGUCACCCAUUCCACAAACAAAACUAAGAGAGUAAUACCAAUGUCCAGACGUAUUUAUAAUAAUGCAAAUAUUAAUGUUUUAUCUUGGUUUUUAAUUAUUUUGAUUAAUCAGAAGCCUUUCAUACUGCAGUAACAGCAAGUGUUACAUUUAAAGUUUGGUUUAAUCUCUCAAAUGUUUCUAAUGUAUGAAAAUGCAAUAUUAGGUGUGUGAAAUUUGGCAAUAACCAAAGUCCCUUAGAUAAAAUGUUUUGGAUUUUCAUUUAGAGAUAAGGACUGAUAUUUGAUUAAAAUCUUUUGUACAAAUAGUUUGCAGAGAGGGAUGAUACAGUCUUAAUAAUUUAAACUUCUAGAUGGGACUAAACUUAUUGUGUGAGAGGACAAAUAUGUAAAUGUCUUGUAUCACAAUCAUUUCACUAUCAGAAAUGUUCUUAAGUUUCAAAGUGCAUGUUAAACCAAAUGUAAAUCCAUAUGUAUAGACUUGUGUAUGCAUAUGCAUAUGAAUUUUAGUGGGUUUGUUUCAAGAAAGCAAGUGUAUAAUUGUAAGAUGGAAGUGUGCCGCACUGAUCCUUAUAAUUCCGUGGCUAGUUGCUAUUGAGUCUUAAAUGAAGGGACUACAGCAGCAAUAUAUUUGUAAAGUGUAGCACACAUAUUUUGGUUGCCUUAAUUUUUGCCAACCUAAAUACAUUUGUAGUUAAAAUAUUCACGGAUUUGUUUCUGGUUCACCAAUCAUAGUGUCCUAGAUCAUUUGUAUAUAUCUAUAAAUAUGUAUAAAUAUAUAUUUUAAAUCUUUUAUUUUGCACAAGUGGUUUGGGAAAGGAAAACACAAGCAUUCUUCCAGAGUCAAGGACAUGCAUCAUAUCUUCUGUUACGUCUAGGCUGUUUCUUUGUAUCACAUGUAAAUCUUACUGUUUGGAUUUUAAAGGGAUCUAUACAGUCUUAAGACAUACAACUGUAUUCAUCACUUACUUUACCAAGAGUAGAGCCAUUUGUGUGUGGUCAAAAAGAUAUGUGCCCCAUAAUAGCAAAAGGACCAUGAGAUAAUGUCCAUUUACACUGAUGUACAGCAUAUCAACCUUUGCAAAAAGAACACCACAUACUGAUGUAUAUUUGAUCAAACCCCUAUAAUAAACAAAUUCAACUCUCGA